GAGGAGGGUAAUGAGAUGGAUGUGAUGGAUGAGGCCCGUUGGCGACUGGUAAUGAGUGAUGAGACGGGGCGGGCAACAUGUGAUGGGGAGGCUGGGGAUAUGGCUCGUGGCCACUGUGAUGUGGUGGGAGGAGAGUAGCGUGUUGGGCCAUGAUGAAGAGCUCGUCGUGCGAGUCACGAGUGCCAAUGGCGGGAGGCAAGGGGGGUUGUAAAGAUCUUUUAGCCCUGUCGAUCAAGCGGCUGUCGCACGCGCGCGCGUCUCAAAGUCGAGCUCGAGGUUGGGCUUGGUCAGCCUACCGUCGCCGCGCGCGGGGGGGUGGGAUACGUGAGAGGUGGAAAGGAACAAAGAGCCAAGUGCGUAGUCGAAUGAGGCACGGGAGCGUAGCGUGGGCGGCAGCGGCGGCGGCGGGCGCGCGCUGUCGCUCGUCGACGUCGUUGCCGCCAAGGGGAGAAAGUUGGGAGGUGGAGGCGGAGGAUUACCGCGCUGUCGAUGGACUGGGGUGCCGGUGGGUGAUGUGGGGGGUCGCGAAAGGGAUUAGCAAUGGGGGCAGGGCAUUACGAGUUGAAGAAGAGGAUGAACCAAGAUGAGAUGUAGAUGUGGUGUGGGAAAAGGUGUGAGAAGUGGAGGGGGGUGACGGAGGGAGGUGAGGAGGAGGAGGAGGAGGAGGGAGAAGGGAAGGGGGAUGAUGCGUUUGAAGGAGCAAGAGUAGUUGAUGGCUGAAAGAUGAAGGAUGAAAGAUGAAAGAUGAAAGAUGAAUGCU